GUAUAACGUAAAUGUAAAUUAUUAGUCUGUACCUUUGUAAAAAAAAGCUGUUCAGUUUAUUUUUUUUAGAUCAGAAAUAAAUGGAUUACAAACAACGGUAUUAGAAGUCAGUUCAAAUAUAAAAAACCGGCCAAUUAAUACUAAUUAGAUUCUACUUCCAUAAAAUUUUCUCCGAAUUCCAUUGACUAUAAUUCUAUCUCACAGAAUGAGGACAGGUCAAGUAACAUUGAUCAUGAACAUUCUCCAUCUAUUGUUUAUUCAAUCUACCGAAAGUUAUGCUGUUUUAGAAGGUAAACAAAUUGUGAAGAAAGUUUAUUCAAAACGCCAACCAAUAGUACUAACAGCUGCAGCUGGUUUUAUGUCACGUACAGACAGUAUUGACACAAUGAAUAAUAGUAAUGUUAAUCGUAGUAUAUUUAAUAAUGGGAAUGGUUUCUCUACUAUUCAUCAUGUUCCCAAGAACUCAAGUGGUGCAUACAUCCCACCAAAUUUUAUUACUGGAGCACAUUUAGCGCCUGCACACUCUAUAUUCUCAGAUAUUAAUAAAGAAAACUAUACAAAAUGGUCAUUUUCUACUACAUUUAAUCCAUCAACUACAUCUCAGUUAAAUGAAGAAGUCCACGAAGAUACACUAACAGAUUUUCCGUUGUACAAGCAACAAAAUCAAACUGAGGAAGAGAUUCAUUCAUUUGGUGGGGGGAAUCAACGACAAAUUAUGGAAGAUGAUAAUGAAUUGCCACAAAUUCAUUCAGACUACCUUUAUGAUGCAGAUUAUGAUUUACCGGAAGAAAUGAAUAAAUAUCAAGUUGUAAUAUCAUCAGAUAUGGAUCCUCCGUAUUCUAUGGACCAACCAAAUGGGGCUGCUAUCAACUCGUCUAGAUUUUCAUGGUCAUAUAAUAAAGAUUAUGAUCAACCCAUGGAGAAUAAAGUGCAAUUUAAGCAGAAUAUCUAUCUAGAUGAUCAACAAAAGAAAGAAGAAGCACGUCCAGUCUAUCAUUCACCAGUUCGCUGGGCAAUAAGAUCAAUAGCUACAAAUGGACAACCAAGUCACAUUGCUUGUAGUCAACCUUUAGAUAGAGGAGUUGGUUCUAAUGAAUUGUCUUCUUGGUACUAUGAUUCGAAUGAUGGGAGAUGUCGCUGGUUUGGAUAUCGUGGAUAUGGUGGGAAUGCUAAUAGAUUUUACAGCCGCACAGCUUGCGAAGAAUUAUGCGUUCGAGAUAAUCACAAUUUAUGUGAGUUUGCCAAAUGUCCAAAAUCAAUCACAACCUGUGAACUUGUUGGUGAUCAAUCAUGCAAAGUUUACAAACAACAACAUUCUAAAUCAUGGGAAGCUGAAUGUCCACCGGAUCAACCAGUAUGUGUUACUAAACGAAAUACGAGAAUGGCACCAGAUAUUGAAUUUGAAAAUGUUCCAUCUGAGUGUAAACAACCACCUGAUGCAGGAUCAUGUCAAAUAAAAAAUCCAUCACAAAAUUUUUUCUAUGAUCUAGAAAAUAAUGAUUGUACAUCAUUUUAUUUUCAUGAAUGUGGUGGAAAUGAUAAUCGAUUUGUUACAAAAUCUGAAUGUAUGAGUCAUUGUUCACCUUGAAUGAAAUAAAUUUUCAAUAUCAUCUUUGUUUUACAUUAUCAUCUUUUCUUUAACAUUAUAAUAAUCAUUCUUAUCAACCAUGAAAGCAAAAAAACAAAACAUAAUCAAUUUCAUUCACAUUUUUCACCUUCUCAUAGUAGUUAUCAACAGAAAUGGUAUCAGUUUCACUUUUGAUUAUUAUUAUUAUUAUUAUUACUAUUAUUAUUAAUGCUAUCAUCCAAAGAAAUCUCAUUUUCAUGAAUAGCCAUACUAGUAAUAUAUAUAUACAUAAAUACUAGUAAUUACAUAUAUUUUUGAGAAUAAACAAACAAACAGCAUUAACAUAAUUUCUAAUAGUAAAUGGAUAGUGAUAACAUUUUCUGAUUGUUCUUCUUCUCUGUCGUCGUCGUCGUCGUCUUCAAUAAAUUGCUUGAAUUGAUUGGUUUUAAUUAAUUGUAAUAAUUACUUAACUGAACCAAACGAUUAUCAUAGUGAUGAUUGUUUCGUUUUUCUUAUGCUUACAUAAACAUUAUUAAUACUAUACAUAUAUAUGUAUUCAUACUUUUCAAUCCUUUUUCUCUGUCCUAUUAAAAUGUUAAGGAGAAUUAAAAAGUGAAUUUUUUGGGAGAAAAA